UUUUUGGUUCCCAACCUUCUGUUUUUGGCUCCGAGCGCCGUUUGACUGAGCUUUACGAAGAAGGCUGAUGGCCAAGAAGGAUGCGGUGGCCCUCUUCAGCGAGGCCGAGGCCGCGCUGAGGGAUGAGCAGUUCGAGGACUGCAUCACGGCGUCCGAGAAGGCGGUGCAAAUCUUCGAAGGCCUCGGCUCCGAAGGCGAGCAGGGGCUGGUUGACAGCCUGCACAUGCUCAUCGACUCGCAGCGGCAGAUCGCGGUGACGAUGCAGGAGAAGCCUCAGAGCGCCUUGACCACCGCCUCCCAGUACCUCGAGAAGUUCAAGGGCAAGAGCCAGCGCGGCGAGGCCGCCAUGCUGCUCUGCCUGGCUGAGAUCAACCACGACAAGCGGGGCCGCAAGAAGCGCCAGGAGGCUCUGGAGACGGGCGCCCAAGCGCUGCAGAUCUUCACCCAGAUCGGGGACCAAAAAUUCGAGGCCCUGACGCUGAUGGUGAUGGCGAUGGCUCACUACAAGUUCUUCAUGUACGAUGCCAUGCUGGAGGAGUCGCUGCGGGUGCUGGAGAUCACAGACACGCUGGGGGACAAGUUCCUGAUGGCCAAGGCCCGGAACCUCAACGGCCUGGCCUACAGCUCCCAGAGGAAGGUGGACGAUGCCUUGGAGCAGGGGAAGGCCGCCCUGGCGCUGUGGCGCGAGCUUGGCCUGCGGCGCCAGGAGGCGGUCCAAUGCCACGCCAUGGCCGGAUGGUUGCUCUAUGGGCGCUGGCCGAAGAAGGCCCUGGCGCUGGCGGAGCAGACCUUGGAGAUCCUGCGGGACAUCGGCCCCGCUGGCAUCCCCGGGGGCUCCAAGCACCGCCGCGAGGCGAUGAGCGUGUACAUGAUCAUCGAGAUCAUGGCAGAGUUGAAACAGUACAAGCCGGCGCUGAAGUUUGCGAAGGGUGCCUUCGAGCGCUUCGGAGAGCUGGGCUGCAAGCUGGGCCAGGGCAUGGUGAAGGAUGCCAUGGGCAGGGUGUACAUCGUCAUGGACAAGCCCGACAAGGCCAUUGAGGCGGUGGACGAAGCCCGAGCGAUUGCAGACAGCCUGGGUGACAAGCGCUGGAGCGCGAAGCUCCUCUUCGGGGUGGCUCAGGCGCACAUGAAGGCCAAGGACACAAAUGAGGCAAUCGAGACCUUGGACAAGACCAUCAACCUGGCCCAAGCAGCUGGCGACCAGCAGGAGACUGCGCGCCUGCAGCAGAACCUGAUUGACGCGCUGCUCUUCCGGCAGAGGAACCCCAAGGCGGCGCUGCGGGUGGCAAAGGAGGCGAGGACCAUGGCGCAAAAGAACAGCGACAAGCGGGCGGAAGCCAUGGCCAUCCUGCGGGAGGCGAUGGCGCAGGGCUCCAUGGGCAAGCGAGACGAGGCCUUCUCGUUGGCGAAGCAGGCCCAGGAAUUCUUCCAGGAUUCCUACUGGCCUCGCGGUGAGGCCCAGUGCCUCCACUUUAUGGCGGACUUGCGCAGUCAGACCGGGGACCUGGAAGCCGCCUUGGAAUGCGCCGAGGAGCGGCUAGCGGUGCUCCGGAGCUUGCACGACCUCACCAUGGAGGCCAACGCCAUGCUGCAGCUGGCCAACUUCCACAUGAAGGAUGACAACUUCGCGGAGGCUGAGAAACUCGCACAGGAAGCCGUGCAGCUGGGAAAGAAGGAUCGCAACCCCAGGGCUCAAGUGGACGCCCUGCUGCUGCUCACGCAGCUGAGCAACACCAAGGUGCUGGACAAGCCGGAGGACAAGUCCAUGCGCCCCAUCAUCGACCGGGCAGUGCGCACGGUGAACGAGGCGCUACAGGUGGCCGGGAAGGCGGAGAACCGCUCACUGCGCGCGCUGGUGCUCUUUAAGCGCGCGGAGACCAUGGUGCUGGCUGGCAGGCACCAGACCGGCUUGAGAGACGUGAAGGAAGCCGGCGCCAUUUUCGAGGAGAUGGACCAUUACCAGGCCCUGGGCCGGUGCUGCCUCCUCUCAGGCAACAUCAAGCACGCGUUGGGUCAGGAGGAGGCUGGCGCUGCGGACGUGGAGAAGGCUGACUUGAUCGCCAAGGACAUCGGGGAUCACCAGCUGGCGGAUGAGGUGAUGAACUUCCGCAAGGCUCUGGAGGAGAAGAAGAGGGAGGCGGAGCGGGCUGCGCAGGUGCAGAUCGAGCAGCCUCAGCUGAUGGCGCCAAUGCCCGGGGCUCCAGCCCCGGCGCCAGGGGCCGCGGUGCCGGUGGUGGAGUCUGUGGCAGCUCCGCAGCAGAAGGGACUGGAUCCCGUGUACGUGCGGAAGCAGCUGGCGUCGAUGGUGAAGGAUGCCAUUGCCAGCGACGACGAGCUGGAGCUGGAUAGUCCCUUCAUGGAUGCCGGAAUGGACAGCUUGUCCAGUGUGGCGCUCAUGAGCAUGGUGGCGAAGGAAUUCCAGAUGGCGCUGAGCCCGUCCCUGGUCUUCGACUUCCCGACCCUCAGGUCGAUGGAGGAGCACCUCGUGACCGAGAGCUUGGGGAUGUGAGUCGAGCGAACACCAAUUCCCCUCCAAAAGCAAAUGUCAAGAGAACGGCUCCUUGGUACCUUGGUGCACGC